AUGAAAUGCUUUGCGCAGCGCAGCAUGACGAGGGCCGUGAUCAGGCCAGCGAAUUGCGACACCGCACCGGUCGCGUUGUUCACAGCCUCAAGACCCGUGAAAGUGACGGAGAAGCUGAGAAUAUGUGAUCUGAUUUUACGCAGCUCACCAGAGGCCGCCGCAGAGCGGGAGAAACUGCCUGUGACAGGAUAUGAGGAAAACCUGGAGCGGCAGAGAGAAGCCGACGCUCGCUGCGAGAAGCCGCGAGAAGCGAUGAUCCGAGCACCCCUGCAUGGCACCCACCAAAUUCGACAAUCCCAGGGCCAAGAGCUCCUGCCAGAGCGCGGUUGGAUCGUCACCUUCCUGGCACAGAAACCAAAGGUUAUGGGCAAGAAGCCAACAUGGAAGGAGCAACCAGCAUGGACCUCCCAGGACGAGUGGGGAGAACAACGUGGUUGGCGAAUGUGGCAUGGGGCCUAUUAUCAAUCGCCCUCUUCACAUCGCUCCCGCAGGGAGCCACAGCCGGACUACGACCACAUCGAGAUCCCCGACCACCGCUCCUCUGCACCUCCCAACAAGGAGACUCCAGAACAAGAUCUCCCGGCAGCGACCCCACUCAUGCGUGCAGUUCAAAAGACACUUACAGCUGCACGGAAAGCCGAUGCCAAAGUCAGGAAGUUGCGAGAGGAAGUGGACAGACGUCAGAAACAAUGGGAAAUUUUUCAGAAAGAUAUCAAGCUCAGGUUCGCCAAGCAGAAGAAGAAAUUCCAGGAGGAUUGUGCCCGCCUCCAGGAGGAUCUGAUUCAAGCCACCGCCCAAGGACAAGAAGCGGCGGCCAACAUGCAGAUCCUUGUACUGCACGGCAUUCCCCAGACGGAAGCACCGGUGAGCGUAGAAGACGAGGAUUGGGAUGCACUGAUCAGUGCGCCAGAGGAGCCAGCUCCUACAGAAGGCUUCCUGCAGGAAGCCUUGGCUGCGGCUCGACUCGCCGAUCCCGGGAGCAGGCAGGCCAUGGCAGCCGAGCAAAGCAUCAGAGCGAAUGCAGUGCGAGCUCAGCCAGGCUUGAAGGAGAAAACCACUACAGCCCCAAAGCCGCCAGAAACAGCCACGAUGGGCGCCACGGCUCCACCUGCUUACCACGCCAAGAUCGAGGAGCCGAAUCCAUACAUGGGCUCCCCAGGCAUGCCCUCUGGAGCUCCGUCUCCUUCCACGUCCAGAUCCCCACAAGGCGCUCACCUCGGACGUGUGGCUGGGGGCCGCACGAGACUCCCGGUCAAGACGCAUACCAAGCCAGACAUCAACACAGGUUCUCUGGCUUUCCAGGAGAGAUUGGACAUCAAGAGGAAGCAGCUUGCAGAAGCCCAGGCCGCUCAGGCUGCCCAUCAGGCAGCCAGAGCCUCAGAAGCACCACCAGCUCCCUCAGUUUCAGAAGGCGAGCCCGGCAGUGGAAGGAUUUCCUCCGUGGAGCCCAAGCCACCAGAAUUCGGUGGAUUUGUGGACGACGACCUCAUGGACUGA